AUGGAGUUUUUACUGGAACCAUCGAGCACUGAGAAAUUGCUGAAAGAAGAAGAUUGGGAGAGAUAUGUAGCUGAGGCCGGAUUUUCCAGGGAGGAGGCAGAAGCACUAUAUGAAGUCUUCACACAGUGGAAAAGAGGCAUGGCCACGCUGCGACAAGACCAGCUGGACAGGGAGAGUUUUCUGCGUGCGUUUCCGCAGGUGAGACAGGAGCUUGAGGAGCGCAUAGGAAAGCUCCGCACACUUGCAGACCAGGUUGACAAGGUCCACAGAGACUGUACCAUCGCCCAGGUGGUGGCCAGCUCCACUGGCGCUGUGUCUGGCAUCCUGACCAUCCUUGGCUUGUCUCUGGCCCCCGUGACAGCAGGGGCCAGUCUGGUGCUUUCGGCAACUGGGAUGGGACUGGGGAUGGCAGCUGCUGUGACCAGUGUGUCCACCAGCAUCGUGGAACGUUCAAACAGCUCAUCAGCAAAAGCCAAAGCCAGUCACCUCAUGUCUACUGACAGCAACAAAGAGAAGGUGGCUGUGGAGAUUCUACAACACAGCUCACCCAAAGUUGCUUCCUUAACAAGUCGUUCUGUUGGAUCAGUGCAGGGCAUUGUGAAGAAUGUCAAAGCCUUGAAGCUGGUCAAAGCCAAGCCUCUCUUAGCCGCCGAGGCCAAGUCCUUCAUGAACGGAGGGGCAAUGUCAGUCAGAAGCGCCGAGAAGGUAGAGAAAGCUUUUGGGGGUACUGUUCUGGCAAUGACCAAAGGCGCCAAGAUCGCGGGUAUGGCCACUGCUGGUUUUGGCCUUCUGCUAGAUGUGAUCAGCCUCGUGGAAUCGUCAAAACACUUACAUGAGGGGGCAAAGGCAGAGUCGUCUGAAGAGCUGAGGCAGCAGGCCCAGGAGCUGGAGACACAGUUGGAGACUCUCUCCAAGAUCCACAAGAUUCUGCAGGAGGCCUGAUUCUGUGACCCCAGACAGCGCAAGGAGUGGGGACGUGUACGGGACAAAGGUGUGGAGAUACCUUGUUAGUGGGGAAUAGAAGGCGGGAUGAAGUCUA